AUGCACGAAUACAUCACAACGCUACCAGAUAUCCUUUGCAACAUCGUAGCCGUUUUUUCCGACCAAGGCCGGACCUUAGGCCUUAGGCCUUACCCCCUCUCUCCUUCCUUACCCCACAUACACGACUUCUAUCUUGUACUCAUUCCACAUUCUUCCUGGCGUACGGAUGUUUCUCUGAGAGCCUUGCACAACGACAACACGUCGUUGAAGGGGCGGUGA